CCUCAGCUGUUGAGGCGCAGGGGCCCGGCUCGCACCCGCGACCCUCGGGGCGUCCGGCCCUCUGGGGCACGUCUCUGGCUGCCAUGGCCGCCGCCGGCUUCCGGGCCUUCGGAGCAAAGGGGCCCGCCUGGCUCGGGCGAAGCCCGUGGGCCCAGCUCUCCGCCAGCUUCUGCUGCAGGGGUCCGGCCGGGGCCCAGCGGCCAGAGCUCCCGCCGCGACCCACCCGCGCGCGGCAGCAGGACGGCAUCAGGAACAUUGUCUUGAGUGAUCCGAAGAAGAGGAACGCGCUGUCAUUAGCCAUGCUGAAAUCUCUGCAGAGUGACCUUCUUCACGAAGCCGAGAGCAAAGACCUAAGAGUCAUCAUCAUUUCAGCUGAGGGGCCCGUUUUUUCUUCUGGGCAUGAUUUAAAGGAACUGACGGAUGAGCGAAGCCCAGAUUAUCACACUGAAGUGUUUCAGACCUGUUCUGAGGUCAUGCUGCUGAUCCAGAAGCUCCCGGUCCCCGUCAUUGCCAUGGUGAACGGCUUGGCCACUGCGGCCGGCUGCCAGCUCGUUGCCAGCUGUGACAUUGCUGUGGCGAGCGACAGGUCCUCUUUCGCCACCCCCGGGGUGAACAUCGGGCUUUUCUGCUCCACCCCUGGGGUGGCCCUGGGGAGAGCGGUGCCGAGGAAGGUGGCCUUAGAAAUGCUUUUCACCGGGGAGCCCAUUUCUGCUCAGGAGGCCUUACUCCACGGGCUGCUGAGCAAAGUUGUUCCAGAAGAGCAGCUGGAGGAGGAGACCAUGAGAAUCGCAAAGAAGAUUGCCUCCUUGAGCCGUCCCGUGGUAUCUCUGGGCAAGGCCACCUUCUAUAGGCAGCUGCCCCAGGACCUUCGAACAGCCUACCACCUCACCUCCCAGACCAUGGUGGACAACGUGGCCCUGAAGGACGGGCAGGAGGGAAUCAAGGCCUUCAUCCAGAAGAGAAAACCCAUCUGGUCGCACUGAGUGUUCUCCUCAGAGAAGCGGAGGAAGAGGGAACCUCUACUCCCUGCCUUCUUCCCAAACUCC